AUGCGCCGCUUUUUGCGUGAUGGCAAAGAGUUUGAACCCAAAUUUGCUCAAAUUCCACUUAUCCUCCCCGUGGACUCCGAUUUGGAGAAAUACUGGAAACUGCUCUAUGUUUCUCGCAAGCUCCACGGCAUAGGGGAUAUCAUCCAAUUUGCCAAAGAAAGAAAUUUGGAAAUGGACUGUCGGAUGUUCCAAGAUAACCAAGAUAAUGGAGGAAACUACCUCGGGACUGAGCUACAUGGGUACUCAACUGAUUCUUGGUAUGCGGAGGAUGAGCCUUUCUCAGAUACUGUCAACAGAGUCUGGCCCGCGCAGUUCAUCCCAGGAGUAACGUGGAUUUCGAAGCCUUCGAACAAGGAGAUGGCCUUUGCGCGCAUAGCAUAUGGAAAUCAACCCUCUAUUGGACGGUGUAUUCUCACGCCACUAUUCUGGCUGCGAUUUCUCCGUUUGGUCAACGCCAACCCACGCUGA